AGAUGUUGGAGUUUCUGUGUCCUCAUGAGAUUUAUGUCUUCCCAGAGAUUCGCAUACACAUAAACUACCAGUCCAAAGUUUGGAAACACCUUCUCAUUCAAGGGGCACAUCCUCCUCAGUAUAAAGCUGAGCUGAUCAUUCAGGUGCCUCACUCUCUAGUCAUGAGCUGCAGUCAUGACGCGGUUACUGCUUCUGCUCUUCGUUGCUCUCAUUGAGCCUGUAAACCUACAAGGUUAUGUCGGAAAGCUGAUUUUGAAGGAUCAGGAGCCGUGCAAAGGCCACCUUGAAGUCUACCGUGACAACCUCUGGGGCUAUGUGGGGGACACAGACUGGAACGACGACACUGAGGAGGUGGUGUGCAGGAGUACCCACUGUGGAAAACCUGUGACAAACUCCACAGGCGAGGUGUUUCGGCCCAUUGACAGCAAAGUGUGGCUCAAUGAACUGCGCUGCAGAGGAAACGAGAGCCACCUGUGGGAGUGUGGAAAUCCUGGUUGGGGCAUCAGCGAGUACCGAAGGGACUCUGUGAAAACCAUCAAAUGCUCAAGGAAAAUUGAAAUAAGUCUGGAUGGGUAUAAAUGUGCAGGAGCUGUGAAGUUCACAGAUGAGAAUGCAGCUUCGGGAUACUUUUGUAACGAGAACUGGGGAAGUAGUGAAGCCAACCUUCUGUGCAGCAGCCUCAACUGCGGUCAAUUCAAAGAGAUCCCCAAACAACCGUGGUUUGGUUGGAAAGAUUUCCAAAGCUCCAAGAAGAUGAAGAUGAAGUGUGUCGACACUUCAAAUCUAAACAGUCUAUGGCAGUGUGCAGACCAGGAAGCAACAUCAUGCAAAAACGUUGCUUCUGUUAUAUGCACUGGGUUUCAGAGAGUGCAGCUCAGAGGGAGUGCAUCAAAUGUGUGUUCUGGGAGUCUGGAAAAACUGGUAGAAGAAAAGUGGAACCGUGCUCCCCAGAAAACCAACUCUCAGGCUUGGUGCCAGCAGAUGCAUUGUGGGACAGUUUUGGAUGUCACUGAGGAUGGACUAAAUUUGACAUGCUCAGACAAAGUCAAAGUAGUCUUGAAGGACAAGGACAAAGAGAGCAAGUGCUAUGGUACAGUUCACGUUGAAGUGAACAGUACGAGUAAGCCUGUGUGUGGCUCCGCCUGGACCAACAAAGAAGCUGAAGUGGUUUGCCGGGAGAAAAACUGCGGAAAAGUGCUUGAUAAAAGCUCAGAGAUCAUCCCUGGACAAGGGAUAAUGGACCAUGUGAAAUGUUCGGGCAGUGAGGCCUCGCUGUGGCACUGUUUGGCCAAACGUGACAACAAUCCUUUCAGAUGUAAAUCUCAAGCCUACGUCGUCUGUUCAGGAAGCGUAGAUGUGAGGCUGGUGGACGGUCCUGGAAUCUGUGCAGGGAGGGUGGAGGUUAACUAUAAUGGCCAAUGGCAAAGGCUCGAUAAAAAAUCAUGGUCAGAUGCCAACUCCGACACCGUCUGCAGACAACUGAAGUGUGGGAUUAUGAGAAAAAAGAGCAAUCCUGAAGAAAAAUUCAGCCAGGGUUCAGGUGAUUUCCUGACUAUGGAUGUAGAGUGUCAGUCGAAUGUCGCAAACAUAUCUGAGUGCAAGUUCAACAAACAAAAAGUCAAUGCAGACAGGAAGAAGGAGGCAGUGGGGAUAACCUGCAUGGAGCACAAGGUGAUAUUUCUGGAAGGAGAAAAAUCCUGUUCUGGCAUGGUGGGAGUAGAGCAUGACGAUAAAACCUAUUGGCUCUCGGGGUCUAACAAAACAUGGAACGAAGAUCUUGCACGCACGGUGUGUGGGCAGAUGAACUGUGGACAAGUCCUUAACUACACCGUGAGUCCAUCUGGUUUGGAGAAAGAUGUUUGGCCCGAAUCGUACAACUGCAAGGCCAACUCUAAAUCAGUGUUUGGAUGUGAAAAGAUGGCACGACCAUCAAACCACAAUCAAACUAUUGCUACUGUGAAAUGCACAGGAAAAUUCAAAGUGAACCUAACAGAGGAGUGUUGGGGGGAUGUCAACAUAUGCAUGGGAGAAGAGUGUGGAGGAGUUUGUAGGGACACCUGGAGCAACAAGAAGUCUGAAAUGCUGUGUAAAAACUUGGGAUGUGGCCGUGCUAUCCAUCUCGCCAAAAACCCGCUUCAAGAAAGAAGUGAUGUGAUGUUCAAGAGCCUGCACACCACAAAUAGGACGACAGACCUCAGCCAAUGCAACUUUAUCAAACAUGGGGAAAAAGAGACAACCUGUGGAGGAAAGGCAGCGCAUGUUGUUUGCUCAGGUAGUGUUAAGACCCAAAUCAGUGCCACCAGCGACAAAUGCACGGGUAAUGUGGAGGUGUUUUAUGAAGGCCAGUACCUCCCAGUUUGCAAGAAGGCUCUCGAAAACACAGAAACAAGAAACAUCAUCUGUAUGGAGCGUGGCUGUGGCAAGGCUGUCAAACUGAUUGACUCCUUCGGACCCAAACCUGGGUUACCUGGCAUUUCGCAGAUACAGUGUGCAGCUGACAAGAAUUCAUUGAAUGCGUGUGAAAUCACCUCUGAUAAGACUCAAUGCCCUCAUGUUGGCCUCCAGUGCUCAGGCUACAGGAGGAUGGAGCUCAAGUUCCACACAGCCUGCAGUGGAGCGCUGUUCGUUUAUUCGGAGGGAAAAAGAAGCGCCGUCUCCAUUGAAGGCUGGACAGAAACCGAAGGGGGGAGACUUUGUCAGGAUCUGACAUGUGGCAAGUUCAGCUCCAUAAGGUCAAUUCAACCCAUAACCGAUGAUUUCUGGAACUCAAGUUUCAGCUGUGCAGGGAAAGACAAUCCACAAAGCAUCUGGGAAUGUGAAAGCCAAACCGCGCCCUCAAAGACGGAGCAGCUCUUUAUUACAUGUGGAGAUGAGCCAAGUGUCACUCUCUCUGAGAAAUGUGCUGGUGAAGUGAUGAUCAACAAGGUUGGAGUGUGUGACACUUACUGGAACAUCGGCUAUUCACACUUAGUUUGCCAAGAGACGGGUUGCAGCAAUGCUGUUGGUCACUUCAGUGAAAAGGUUCCCAGGUCAGACAUGGAGUACCACCAUGUCAAGUGUGAGAGGUACCACUCGAAACUUGGACAGUGCAAAAGGUUCAAGGCAAAGUGUGACGGGAAAUUGGUGUCAGUUUAUUGUGUUGAAAAUGUGAAGAUCAACACCGCAGAGAAAUGUGGAGGUCAGAUCCUGGUUGAUUAUCGUAAUGAGUGGGAAAAUGUUUGUGCCGCAGCCCCCCUGCCAGCUAAACAUAAAACUCAGCUGUGUGAAAAGCUGGAGUGUAAAAAACGAAAUGAUAGCACAUAUAGUCCAAACAACAAAAAGGGCGGUUUGGUAACCUCACUGAAUUGCACCAACGCUCAUGAGGACAUCAAGUACUGUAUCAGCCAGGGCUCUUGCGUAGGACUCAAACCAGCUGACAUCAUCUGUGACGGGUAUCCGCCCAUACCACCAACAGAGGGACCACCUUCAACCUCCAUGGUGCCUUUGAUCCUGGGAUUAGGAUUGCUUGUGGUUUUUUUGAUAGUGAUCAUACUUGUAGGAAUCUGCAUCGUCCGCAGAACUAAAAGGUCUACGAAUAACAAGUAUGCAGGAAGAACACAGCCAUGGAGAGAAUCAGAGUUUGAAAGCAGCGAGUAUGAGGCUAUAAAGAGAAAAAAAAAUGAACAAGAACACUUCGGUCAGUCGGGAUUCCGACCUGAGGGGGGGGUCAUGAUGGAAAGUGACGCUCGUAGCUCGGCCUCUUUCUCCUACGAUGAUAUUGAAGAAGCAGCUGUGGAGACUCAACCUCUGACCUCUGAAGCCAUCAACGCAGGCUCCUCUGGAGACGCCUUCAUCCCCGAGGGUGCUCUCCCUCACAGCAGAGAUGAAGUGAUGUACGAGGUGGACGACCCUGGAGAGAAUUAUGAUGACAUUGAAGCUUCACCUGAUGUGACUGAGACCAAAGCUGAAGUCCACAGCAGCUCCGGGACUACACCUGACAGUGUCCCAGCAGCUCCUCCAGAAGCGCCGAGAGAGGGAGCUGAAGGGGGAGAGGAGUACCUAGUGCCGGGCCAAGAUUGAUAAACCUACACUGGGUACUCAUUUGACUGAUUUAAAAAGCUUAAAAACAAAAGACCACAAAUUCCACAGUAAAUAACAUUUCAGGGGUAACAAAUUAUUGUUAGUCUACUCACUGGAUGAAAAAGGUAUCGUUAAACAAUAUGAAUGGACUUCUCUGUCCUCCUUCUUCUCUGAGCUUUGCAGUUGACACACCUUAAAACAUUAAUGAGGCAAAUAUCACAACUGUUAACCUUGUUGCUAUUAUCACUACCGCUGAUGGUUAAAGUUACUUUGUAGUGAUCAACAACAUAGAGGUGCAUUCACCAGCUCUGCUGCCAUUACAGGAUCUGGUGUUCAACCCUCAUGUUAUGUUUGUUUCUCAGGGACAGCAAUAAUGUUCCUUGGGUCAACUUGACCCAGGG